AUGUUUAGCCGUUGUUUCGCAGUGAAGGAUCGGAGACAGAACUACGGUUGGUUACCGUUUUCGUUAGUACUCCUAAUCGGUCAGAUCGCCCAGUUUACAUGGGGGUUUAGGCUGCACGGAACUUUGAUGACGCACCGACAACUGCAUCACCGGUACACGGUUGAUGAGCUGCUUGAGGGUCACUUUUCCAAAAGCAUCUCCGGUGACAUCGACAUGGAUCCCUGCAAAUCGAGCGGAUUUAUGGGAGACAUCGCCAUGCCGAACGUAAAUUACGAAACGGAAUGGCAGCGCCAGCGGCUGAACAAGAGCUUCGAGCAGGACAUUGUGAAGCUGAAGCAAGAGGUGUACCUCGAGGGGCUGCAGGUGGAAGAGGAAGGCAUGACCGACAUGAUCCGCAAGAAGACGAAGCAGCGCGCCUCGACGCCGUUGGCCGGCAUGCCGACCGGCUCCGGUCCGCGCCCUUCGCCGGCGUCGUACGAGAGUGAAAACUCCAUCACGGACACUUCCGGCGAGCCAACGGUGCGGGCCACCAUCAUCGACAAUCGGGACAACAUCAUCACCCAGCCUCGGACGGGCCCUCAGGACGAGAAGCCAGUAACGGGCGGUGGGCUAUUGGGGUCCGAGAAGCCGGACAAAAAGAACGCCACGGCCACGGUGCGAAACAUUGACCAUAAUCGGAUCCAGUCCGACACCAAAGACAUCGUUAUCGAUUCGAUCAGCGACAAUAUCAUCAGCAACAGUCACGCCAGUAGGAAAGUAGUCACUUUUGCCUUACCACCGGCCGGGACCACGACGCCACCGAACGGGGAGCGCCCCGGGCACCGCUCGCAGGCAUUCGGCGGAGCGGAUCUGGGCCACCACCAGCUGCAGAGGCUGCAGAAUGGUGACGGCGCUAGAGAACAGUCCGGGUUGGAACGCAAACGGCAUGGUUCACACGAUGCAGGGCAGGAUAAGCCGACUGGCGGCGAUGAUGUUCAGCUGUUGAAUCCUGCCGCGGGCAAUCCGGCGAACGACAAAGCGGCCCGCCGUCGUAACCGCCGCCGACGGCGGCAGCAACAACGCCAUCUACCGAGCACACCUAGGACCCCGGCUGGAGGUGGGAUUAGCCUACCGAUGGCCACCACCACGAGCGCGACGGAAGAUAAAAACUCGUACCACGCCCGGCUGGAGCGGCUGCGGGCUGAACUGGGCUCGGUGAGCUACUCGGUGCGGGACCACAGCCUCGGAGGUCCGGGCCAUCACCACCGUGACCGCGAGCCUGUCGAAACGGAGCCAAAGAAGAAGCGUCGAACGUCGUCGCCGUCGUCAGGAGGCGGAAAGCGGAAGCACCACCGUCAGAACAUCGUUGCCCAUCAACAUGCGACCGACAGGACUGUGGGUCCUGAGACAGGGGACGGUGUCACGAAUCGCUACCAUCCGCGCUCUCAUCACCGAGCGAGGGCCGUCGACGAGGAUGGAACGAAUUUGCAUUUCCGACCGGAGAAUGAAGCACCGGCACGGAGCAAGGACACGGUACAGGUGGCGGAUCUACGGCCAUCAUCGGUACCUGUUGACGAUGAGCCCGCUGAACGUGAAAGAUAUAUUGCGCCCAAUCUACAUCACCAUCGUGUGGCACGUGCAGCAACCGCGAAGAAGGAACGCAUCUGGGACUUUGGCGUCAUACCGUACGAAAUCGACGGAAACUUUAGCGGCAUGCACAAGGCCCUUUUCCGGCAGGCGAUGCGCCACUGGGAGAACUUCACCUGCAUCAAGUUCGUCGAGCGAAAUCCUAUCGACCACCCGAACUACAUCGUGUUCACCGAGCGGGCGUGCGGUUGUUGUUCGUUUGUUGGUAAACGGGGCAAUGGACCCCAGGCGAUUUCGAUUGGCAAGAACUGCGACGAGUUUGGCAUAGUGGUGCACGAGUUGGGUCACGUGGUUGGCUUCUGGCACGAACACACGCGCCCGGAUCGAGAAGACCACGUCGUGAUCGAGAAGAAGAAUAUCAUGGUCGGGCGGGAGGAUAACUUCAACAUGCUGUCGAAGGACGAGGUGAAUUCGCUGGGUCUUCCGUACGACUACGAUUCGAUCAUGCACUACGCUCGGAAUACCUUUUCGAAGAACGUCUAUCUGGACACGAUUUUGCCCAUCGAAAUUAAGGGCCGCAAACGACCCGAAAUAGGACAACGAUUGCGGCUGAGCGAUGGCGACAUUGCUCAGGCCAACUUGCUGUACCAAUGUACCAAGUGUGGUCGUACCUUUCAGGACAACUCGGCAUUUUUCACGUCGCCGAGCUAUCACUCCAACCAACCUCCACCCGAACCGGAGCGCUGCGAAUGGCGUAUCACGGCAACGCAUGGCGAACGGAUAUUGCUCAACAUAACCGAUCUGGACAUUUACAAAUCGAACAGCUGUCGCUCCGACUAUCUGGAGAUCCGGGAUGGAUACUGGCACAAGUCGCCGAUUCUGGGCAAGUUCUGUGGUUCCGGCAAGGUAAACGAGCUGAUUCGCUCGACCGGAAGUCGCAUGCUGCUGACGUACACCACCACUUACCGGCAGGCCUCGAUGCGUGGCUUCGCCGCCAGCUAUGAAGCAAUUUGUGGCGGCGAGAUGAAUCUCGAGUCUGGCGGCCGUCUAGAAUCGCCCAACUACCCAGUCGACUAUCUGCCCAACAAGGAGUGCAUCUGGCGGAUAACCGUCCCGAAGGACUACCAAGUGGCCUUGAAGUUUCAAUCGUUUGAAGUGGAGAAUCACGAUAACUGUAUCUAUGACUACGUCGAGGUACGGGACGGUGGCGCUCCCGACUCGCGGUUGAUCGGUGUCUUCUGCGGCUACAAGAUUCCACCCGAUAUGAAGUCAUCGUCUAACAAGCUGUUUGUCAAGUUCGUCUCGGACGGAUCGGUGCAGAAGGCAGGAUUCUCGGCCACCUUCAUGAAGGAGGUAGACGAGUGCGAGCACAUGGACCAUGGCUGCGAACACGAGUGCAUCAACACGCUCGGAGGCUACGAAUGUGCCUGCUACAUCGGCUACGAGCUGCACAGCGAUAAGAAGUCGUGCGAAAAUGCCUGUGGUGGAAUGUUGGAUACACCGAACGGGACGAUCCAGUCACCGUCCUUUCCGAAAGAGUACCCGAUGAUGAAGGAGUGCGUUUGGGAAAUCGUGGCCCUCCCGCAGCAUAAAAUCACUCUCAACUUUACCCAUUUCGACCUAGAGGGCAACACGUUUUACCAGGCGUCCGAAUGCGAGUACGACUACGUGGCAGUGUUGUCCAAGAGUCCGGACGGUUCCCUACACAAGCACGGUUCGUUCUGCGGCUCGAGUGUUCCGCCGGCCGUCACAUCCGAGUGGAACGUCUUACGAGUUGUGUUCCGGUCCGACAAGACGAUCCAAAAGACGGGUUUCGCGGCCGUCUACUUUACCGACAUCGACGAGUGUGCGGUCAACAAUGGAGGGUGUCAACAGGAGUGUAAAAAUACCGUCGGUUCCUAUCUGUGCUCUUGCCGGAAUGGUUACACACUGCACGACAAUGGGCACGACUGCAAGGAGAGUGGCUGUAAGCACGAGAUCUUCGCCCCCCAAGGUCAGAUACUGAGCCCUAAUUAUCCGGACUACUAUCCACCCAAGAAGGACUGUAUCUGGCACUUUACCACCACGCCCGGUCACCGAAUACGGUUGGUUUUCAACGUGUUUGAUAUUGAGCCACAUCAGGAAUGUGCCUACGAUCAUAUUGUAAUCUACGAUGGUAACUCACCGGACAGCCACACAUUAGGACGCUUUUGUGGGGCGAAAAUUCCGCAUCCCAUUGCGUCGUCCUCGAACCAGAUGUACAUGGUUUUCAACACCGACACGAGCGUCCAGCGGAAAGGGUUUUUCGCCAGCCAUACGACUGCUUGCGGUGGUCGGCUACGGGCGACCGAGGUGAAGAAUCAUUUCUACUCCCACAUCAAGUUCGGCUCGGGCAUGUACGAGAACGGAGCGGACUGCGAGUGGACCAUCGAGGCCGAAUCGGGCCAGAACGUGCAGCUCAAGUUUCUUAGCUUCGAGCUAGAAGAGGAGAAGUUGUGCUCAUAUGACUACGUCGAGGUGUACGGUGGGCUGGACGACGAAAGUGGCCCCCUGCACGGAAAGUACUGCGGAAAUGCGAAUCCGCCGGAAAUCAUAUCGAUGCACGAGGCGCUGAUGGUGCGGUUCCGGUCGGACGAUACCGUCGGCUUCAAGGGUUUCUCGGCCGCGUACGUCGCCAUCAAAACGAACGACGACAUGCUCACCACCGAUGAAGAAGGUUCUGAUAGCUCCGAAAUCAUCCCGUUUCCCGGUUCACUAAAAACAGUGUUCAUCAAACAGGGCGAAGAUAUGGACGUGGAGGAGGAGGAGGAGGAGGAGGAAGAGGAGGAGGACGAAGAUAUCGAUUAUGAGGUCUACCCGCGCCGACCGGCCAACGGCAAGAAGGUGCACAUCGCGGUGCACAAUGAAAUACGCUCGUCUCAGGCGAUUGACUGAAACAUAAUCAAAUACUUUGCCACAUAAUUUUGGCACGCGGGCAAUCGGCACGCAAACACACUUCCGGUGCGCGCGGGCUGCCACAACCUGGACAAUAUACUCACACCACGCUUCGCGGGCCCGGUUUGCCGUUAGCGUUGCGUCUUUCCGUUCGAAGUUCGUCCCGCCAGCAGAGAGAGAGAAAGAUAGAGAGUAAUAGAGAAAAAUAAAAAGAGAGAGAGAGCAUGUAACGUUGAUACGGAUUUUUCCUUACCGGAAGCGAUCUUCCACCUUCUAGAACAGCACCAUUCGCUCACUCGCGACGCUCCUUAUCGUUUCGUCGUCGAAGGUGUACAUGUGUCUUCCUCGAUUCCGUUCUCCUAGCGCGAAGGGUCCACGGGGAACUGCAAAUAUCAGCCAGCUGAGCAGUGGCAUGGGUUAAAAGGACAAAACAUAAAACCGGUACGCCGGGGGGAGGAACGGCGCAACAAACGUUGGCCAGUUUAAUACCAAAACUGUAGCCAGUUGUGAGCGGAUAUAUACAUUCAUAAAUAGUUAUAUUUACAGAAAGGCAGUAGAUCUAUUUCAACAAAUUUCCUAGGAAUAAAUAGUAGGAACAAUUACGAUCAACACACAGGCUCGCAGUCUAGGCAGCUAUUUUGCUACCGUCGUCGAAGGCGUUUUAUUUUGAACUCAUUAGAAGAAGAAAACCGAACGUCACCGCAAAGGUGCGACACACGUCGCCGCAGUAGGUUAAUUCCUCGUGUAGGUUAAUCGUAGUUAAAGGUAGGAUCGUUCAUCGGACAUUGCCCUUUCAAGCAGUUCUUUCCAUAGCUCAUAUCAGAGGAAUCAGUUGCUCGAAAGGAUAUCAAUACCUGUAGCAGGAGUUUCCAGCUGUUCCAAAACUCUUUCCCGUUUUCCAACGGCUCGUUUGGCCCGCUCGUCGCGGCCCGUGACGUGACGAUCGAGUAGUUUAACGGUAAUUUUAAAACGUGUGUUUUUGAGUGUGUGGACGAAAGUUAAUAACGUGCCGCAUCUGGUGUGUUGCCGCACAGGCACUUAGUAAUAGUA